AUGCUCAACAGGAGGAACACGAAGCGCCUGCUCCGAUCCGUCAUUGUCAUAUACUUCAUCAUUUGGUUCUUUUUGACAGUGGGGAAAAAUGACAGGGACACCGCGGUAUUCACGGUUGGCCCCGAGUUUCAGGACGAAAGGAGCGUCAUUCACCACCAACCCAAGCAUGACGGUAAGAUGGACUACAUUGCAAAUCGCGACAUAUUGUCCUUAGUCAACACUUCAAACAACAGCAGUAACUUCAGCCAAGCUAACUCGACUCUGAGCAAAGAUAGACCUCUGUACAGCGACAAUAUUAUCAACCCACACCCUUUCCAUUUUACCUUAAUCAACCACAACGCCUGCAUGGACGCUAUGUAUAAGUGGGCGAUGCCCCUGCAAUUGUUGAUACUCGUUAAGUCCAGGCCGGAAGAUAUCUAUGACCGGCAGCAAAUACGGGAAACCUGGGGCGGGGCACAGAACAUCUCAAACCAACUGACCCUGACCAUGUUCCUGUUGGGCCAGACCCCAGAUGCAACAGCAACCGAUGAGGUUUUACGAGAAAGUCUCCGCUUCGAAGAUAUCAUUCAGGAGAACUUCAUAGACGCUUACACCAACCUGACAUAUAAAACCACUAUGGGUAUGAGGUGGGUGGCUACAUUUUGCCCGUUCGCUUCCUUCGUGGCCAGCGUAGACUCUGACAUCAUUCUCAAUCUUCACAAUCUCCUUCAGCGCCUUGCCGAUAAGCCACGGCACAGGUUCGCAGAGGGAAGCCUCAAGACAAACUGGACGCCAUACCGUGACGCCGAAGGGCAACACAAGAAGUGGUACACCCCGGUAGAGUUGUACCCGGAGCCCACCUACCCGCCCUUCUUUCCCGGUGGAUGCUACGUCAUGUCCGCAGAUGUCGCUGCCACGAUCUACCGUGAGUCGGUUCACGUGCGCUUCCUUCCGUGGGACGAUGUGUUCGUGGGUCUCGUUAUGCAACGAGCGGGCAUCACGCCUCGUGACGGGGACGGCUACCAGGUCUACGUCCCGCUAUCCCGCCAAACACUGAUCAGACAGGCCCUACAGAAAGGCAUCGCAGUCAUUGCCAAGCACAACUCCAAGGCCGUCGACAAGCGACUGAUCCUGAUAUACCAGAAAGCCGUGCAAAAGUACGUGUCGCGCCGAAAGGCGUCGCACCAUAAUUUAUCAGAAUAUCCAUAA